AUGGAGGAUGACAACCUAAAGACCCUUCGCCUGUUGUUUACUCGAUGUCUGGCUAUUUCUGGUCUAACAGAAGACUCGUGGACAGAGGAGAAUGAGAGGGCUUUGGAUAAAUUUAUCAUGGACACCACUAUCACAACUGUGGUGGUCUACAUGGACACCAGUGCUAAACUUCGGGUGGAGUUUUCCAUGCCCCAACCGGGACAGGUGGCAGAGCAGCUGUGCUACUUUACCCGCAAGCCAGGAGCCAUAAUCACACCAGAGAUGUUUGAUACGGAUGUACAGGUUAGCACAAUCCGCGGCGACUCCACCGAGAGGCUGCUCCACGACAUGACCUGUCUGCACGCCCCCGCAGUCGCCCUCAGCAUGAACAUGGAGAAGAGCAUCAAGGACAGCUACACCAACAACAUGCACUGCUACUUUGCCAGCCUCACUGAUGAUGUCUAUAAGAUGGGGGGCAACACAGUCCUGUACAUUCCAAUGGAAGCCCUACAGAGCAGCCCUGAGCAGGCCAGCAAAGACAAGAAGCUGGUUCAGAGAAUGGAGUCUGUCAUCAUCCACUGGACAGAUCAGAUCAAGGAGCUCCUGCAUGGUCAAGAGACGAUGCAGAUGUGGGACGACUGUGGUCUGCUGGAGGAGAUCGCCUUCUGGAAGACUCGCUGUGUCAAGCUGUCGGACGUCAUGCAGCAGCUCCAAAAGCCUCAGGUCCUGCACAUCAAGAACAUCCUGGAGCUCGCCAAGUCUCUGUAUGUUCAGCGCUUCUGCAAACAGGUCGAGGAAGUACAGGAUUGCUCGCGGCAGGCCGAGUCAAACCUGUCCUACAUGACCAUGCUGAAGGAGCCCUGCGAUCAACUAGCCAAGCUCAAGCCAAGCGACGUUGCUCCGAAACUGCAACACAUCGUCAGUCUCAUCCGCAUUGUCUGGGUCAACUCGGACCACUACAACACCAGUGACAAGAUCACCAGUCUGUUCUGCAAGAUGAGUAAUGAGAUCAUCCGCCUGUGCUGCCAGAGCAUCUCUCUGGACAGGAUCUUUGAGGGCUACGUGUUAUCCAGUAAACAAAACCUCAGCGACUGCAUCCAGUGCUGCCAGUACUGGAAGGAAGUGUACCUGCACGCUUCCGAGACUCACCAAAAGUAUUCUUCAAAACCCUGGGAACUGGAUGAAACUAGCUUUUUUGUGGUGGUAGAUGCUUUCAUUCAGCGGUUCAGAGACCUGCUUGAGGUAUGUGACUGCCAGCAUCAGUUUGCCCGUUGGGAGGAUGGCCAGCAGAGGGCCCUGCCCUGCUUCAGCGGCUGCCAGGGACUAGAGUUCACUCGCUCCCUCCAGAAGAUAGAGGGCAACUUCCACAGUGGGCUACAGAGCCUGCGCUCUGUUGGCAAGGGCAUCCUUGAUGUCAUGGACACCGGGUGGUGCAAUGAAUUCUACAAGUUCCAUGCAUCGGUGAAGGAUCUGGAGAUGUUGAUGCGGAACCUGAUCAAUUCAGUGUUUAAGACGGUCAACACGAUAGAGGAAGGAGUUCGGCUUCUGGACAUUUUUAGGCCCAUGUCUACUCGAGAGGCCAUUAAGAACACGACAGACGAGAAGGUGGAGGAAGUGUACAACAUCUUUAACAGUGAGCUCAAAAUGGUCAACAAGGAGCUGAACCAGAAGAAGAAGUCUUUUUCAGACCACAUGCCCCGGAUAGCAGGACACACCCACUGGAUAAUGGCCCUCAGACACCGCAUUGACAGAUCCAUGGAGGUGCUUCAGAAGGCCCACUUCAUACCUGAGUCAUACAGCCGCAAGCAGCUCAUUCUCAGCUAUGGUCAGAUGGUCCAGGUUUUGGAUGAGAUGGUGAAGAAGAACUUCAGCGAGUGGAACCAGAACCUGGACGGAGAGUACCGGAAGAGACUGGAGCAGCCACUCUUGUUGCGCUGCAAGCACAACCAUGCCAAGCUGGACAUCAACUUUGACACCAAUCUGUUGAACCUCUUCUCUGAGAUUGACUACUGGGAUCGACUCAAGUUUGAGGUCUCCCAGUGUGUGUCUAACAUUUACCAGGAAAGAGAGGAGCUCAGGGUCCUACGGGAGAGAGCACUGCUGCUGAUCAGGAACUACAACAGAGUCAUUGCAACGCUUUCUCCUGAUGAGUUGGGUCUGUUUCGGGAGCGGAUUCAGUUGAUGGAUAAGAAGAUCCAGCCAGGACUGACCAAGCUCAUGUGGUUGUCUAAGGGACCGUCUCACCUCUUCAUCCGCGACUGUCUCCUGCAUGUUGACAAGGUCCAGCUGAUAGUUGAUGGUUACAAAGUGUCAAAUCUCUCCAUCUCCAGCCUCUGUCACCAGAUCAGUGAGACGCUGCUGAUUAGACUAGAUGGAAAGACCAUGUACAGGGACCUGGAGUUUAAGGAUGACCAGAAGACUCAUCAGCAGAGCCAACUCCAAAUACUGCUCUCAGCACACCAAGAAAUCACUGAGAUCAUGACCCGCAUCUACAACACUUUCUCCCGUGACGGAUCUGAGGUCCAGGGGCACUGGUUGGCCUUCACGGAAAAGGUGGACCAGAUGGUUGAGGAAGCUCUUAGGAGCAACAUCAAACAGUCGAUGAAGAAGCUGUCCAGGGCCAUCAACGGAGACAGCAAGACGACACCCAAUCCAUUGUUCCAAGUCCUGGUGACGCUGCACGAGGCAACUCCCCAAAACACACCGAAGGUGGAGUUCUCCCCGACGCUCACUAAGCUUAGGCAGAUUGUGACCAUCAUGCCUCAGCUCAUCGACACCAUCGCCAGCAUUAAGCGACUGCCUGAACUUCUCAACCUCAAGCAGUCAAAGAGGAAGCCCAUAAACAUCAUCAUAGAGCAAGACGAGGAGAUAAAGAAGAUUCAGGCUGCAGUUGCCACAGGGAUGACAGCUAAUGCCAACCUCCUGCAGGCCUAUCUGAAGACCUGGGACAAAUACAGGGACAUCUGGGAGAUGAACAAGGACACCUUUAUACAACGCUAUCAGAGACUUAACCCACCAGUCACUUCUUUCGAUGCAGAUAUACAAAAGUACGCAGAAAAGGCCAACACCGUUCAACAGGAGGAGACGGUAUUGAACAUAGGCUUUGUCAGGCUGGACUGUUCACCGCUCAAGUCCUUCGCGUCGCAGCAUUGCUAUGAAUGGCAAACCAAAUUCACUGAGCUGCUCACUCACAUCGCCAGCACCCGCCUCAAAGAAAUCCACGCAUCCAUGCAAGCCAAUGCCAACAGGCUGACACAACCCCCCCAGACACUGGAUGAACUCAGUGCGAGCGUGAAGCUCUUGGAGACUCUUCAGGGAGAUUUGGCCAAAACAGAAGCUCAGAUUCCUGUCAUCCAUGAACAGUUUGCUCUCCUGGAGAAAUACGAGGUUCCAGUGGAGCAGGAUGUGCAGGAGAUGCUUGGAGUGCUGAAUGGGGACUGGGUGUGGUUCCAGCAGGUCUUGAUUGACAGUGACAUCAUGCUGCAAAAGCAAAAAGAGAAAUUCAAGAGCAGCCUCAUCCUCUCCUCCGAAGAGUUCAAGAAGAACAUCCAGGCCACUCUGGAGGAGUUCAGCAACACAGGUCCAUUUGAAAGUGCACUGACAACCCAGGCGGCUCUCAAGCAAAUAGCAGAGCAUCGCAAACAGCUGGAGGCUCUGAAACAGGAGGAGAGCGCCAUCCUUCAGGGGCUGGGCUUCUUCAAAAUAGAACAGCCGCCCUCCAAAUGCGUCCGCGUUCUGGAGAAGGACAUAGACCACCUGCAGCAGGUCUGGGAGAUCAGGCAGGAAUGGAAUUCCAACUGGAACAUCUGGAAGGUCGGUCAGUUUGUUACUCUGCGUACAGAGAACAUGGAGAGCAUAGCGCAGGACACGUUCCGGAAGCUCAGCAAACUCAAGAGAGAACUAAAGGAUAAGGAAUGGGACAUAUUAGAUUUCUCUAAAAACAGGGUUGAUCAGUUCAAGCGGAUCAUCCCUCUGAUUGCUGACAUGAGGAACCCAGCCAUGAGAGACAGGCACUGGAAGCAGAUCUGCAAAGAGAUUAAGUAUUCUUUUGACCAAGAAAGUGCUGAUUUCACCCUGGAAAAGAUCAUAUCUCUGGGACUUGACAAGUACGCUGACAAGAUCUCUGAGAUCGCUGGAGCCGCCAUCAGGGAACUGUCCAUAGAAGAGGGUUUGGAGAGUAUUACAAAAACAUGGGAGGAAACAUUCUUGGAGAUAGAUGCCUACAAAGAUAAAGGUCACUUCCGGCUGAGCGCCACAGAGGAGGUAUUCCAGGCCCUGGAUGACAACCAGGUGAUUCUCUCCACGAUGAAGGCGUCUCGAUUUGUCAAAGCCUUCGAGCAGGAGGUGGACUGCUGGGAACGCCGGCUGUCCCAGGUGCUGGAAGUCAUCGAGAUGAUCCUCACUGUGCAGCGCCAGUGGAUUUAUCUGGAGAACAUUUUCCAGGGAAAGGACAUCAGGGAGCAGCUGCCUCGGGAGUGCAAAGAGUUUGAAGAUGUUAGCUCCAGCUGGAAAAUCGUCAUGGGCCGACUUCACGAGGAUAACAACGCUGUAAAGGGAUCACACCACCCUGGCCUGCUGGAGAAGCUGUCAGAGAUGAGUGCCAAGAUGGAGGAGAUCCAAAAGGCCUUGGACAUGUACCUGGAGUCCAAGAGGCAGGUAUUCCCGAGAUUCUACUUCCUCUCCAACGAUGACGUGCUGGAGAUCCUGGGCCAGUCACUGAACCCAGAGGCCAUGCAGCCGCACAUGAAGAAGUGUUUCGACAACAUCAAGCACCUGCGCAUUGAAAAGGCGACCGUUAAACCAGAAGCCCUGGGGAUGUCCUCUGCUGAUGGGGAGUCCAUCGAUUUCAUCCAGCCAGUGCAACUGAACAAACCUGUGGAGGUCUGGCUGUGUGAUGUAGAGAAGGUCAUGCGCACCACACUGAAGGAUUGUCUGAAUGACUGUCUCCUGGCUCUGAAGAGGAUGACACAACAGAGAGACAAAUGGGUCAGAGAUUGGCCCGGACAGAUGCUGAUCACUGCCUGUCAGAUCCAGUGGACCACUGAUGUCGAAAAAUCUCUCAUCACCAGCAAGGAGAGAGCUGACAAGUCCUCCCUGAGGUCACUGAAAAAGAAGAAGGUCUCCAUGCUUCAAGGCUACUCAGACAUCAUCCGUGGCAACCUGUCCAAAGUGCUGCGGCUGAAAAUUGUCGCACUGGUCACAGUGGAAGUUCAUGCUCGGGACGUUAUUGACAAGCUGGCCAAGGCAGGCUGCGAUGAUGUCCAAGAUUUUGAGUGGCUCAGUCAGCUGCGACUUUACUGGGACAAGGACGUGGAUGAUUGCAUAAUCCGACAGACCAACACCCGUUUCAAGUAUGGCUACGAGUACCUGGGCAACUCUGGACGCCUGGUCAUCACUCCACUUACAGACAGGUGUUACAUGACACUGACCACGGCGCUCCAUCUGCACCGGGGCGGCUCUCCUAAAGGCCCGGCUGGUACCGGGAAGACAGAGACAGUGAAGGACUUAGGCAAAGCCCUAGGCAUGUAUGUUAUUGUAGUCAACUGCUCUGAAGGACUGGACUACAAAUCCAUGGGACGCAUGUAUUCCGGGCUGGCACAGACAGGAGCAUGGGGGUGCUUUGAUGAGUUCAACCGUAUCAACAUCGAGGUGCUGUCGGUGGUGGCCCAGCAGAUCCUCUCCAUCCUGUCUGCCCUCUCCGCUGGACAAACCAAGCUCCACUUUGAUGGACAGCACAUCCGUCUGGUCGCGUCAUGCGGCAUCUUCAUCACCAUGAAUCCCGGUUAUGCUGGUCGUUCUGAGCUUCCAGACAACCUCAAGACCAUGUUCAGACCAAUCUCCAUGGUGGUGCCAGACUCUACUUUAAUUGCUGAAAUCAUACUGUUUGGAGCCGGCUUCAACAACUGCAAGCUCCUGGCUAAGAAGGUGUUCACCCUGUACUCCCUGGCCGUGCAGCAGCUGUCCAAUCAGGACCACUAUGACUUUGGCCUGCGCGCUCUCACCUCCUUGCUUCGUUAUGCCGGCAUGAAGCGGCGCUCCUGCCCCAAUGUUCCCGAUGAAGAAAUCCUGUUAAUGGCUAUGAAGGACAUGAACAUAGCUCAGUUGACCUCUACCGACCUGCCACUGUUUAACGGUAUCACCCAGGACUUGUUCCCUAAUCUUGAAACUCCCGCCAUAGAUUACGGAAAGUUGAAGGAGGCCAUAGAGGCGGAGCUUCGUCAGAGCGGUUUGCAGUUGACUCCUUUUACCUUGACCAAAGUCAUUCAAUUCUACGAGACCAAAAACUCCCGACACUCUGUCAUGCUGGUGGGCAAAACCGGCAGCGGUAAAUCUGUUACCUGGAGGACCCUACAGAGGGCGCUCACGACCCUGCACCAAAAGAAAGUGCCUGGCUAUGAGCUGGUCCAGAUUUAUCCUCUGAACCCAAAGGCGAUGAGUCUGGGAGAACUAUAUGGAGAAAAUGACCUCUCCACCAAUGAGUGGAGUGACGGAGUGCUCUCCUCUCUCAUGAGAACAGCGUGUGCAGAUGAGAAACCCGACGAGAAGUGGAUCGUGUUUGACGGGCCUGUUGACACACUGUGGAUAGAGAGUAUGAACUCUGUAAUGGAUGACAACAAGGUGCUCACACUCAUCAAUGGAGAGAGGAUCUCCCUGCCUGAACAGGUGUCUCUGCUGUUUGAGGUAGAGAAUCUGGCGAUGGCGUCUCCAGCUACAGUGUCUCGCUGUGGGAUGGUCUACAACGAUUACACUGAUCUGGGCUGGAAGCCUUUUGUUCAGUCCUGGCUGGACAAGCGACACAAGGCUGAAGUCGUCCAUUUGAAGAGUUUGUUUGAGAAAUAUAUGGAAAAGACGCUGAACUUUAAGAAGAGUAACUGUAAGGAGCUGAUCCCCAUCACUGAGCUCAAUGCAGUUAUCUCCUUCUGUCGCCUCUAUGACUCUCUGGCUACAUCAAGCAACGGGGUGAAUAUUUCUGACACAGAGGACUUGGGUACGAUGGUGAAGCUCUGGUUCAUCUUCAGCUUCAUCUGGUCCGUUUGUGGAUCUGUUGACGAAGAUGGGCGCAAGAAGAUGGACAUCUUCCUACGAGAGAUGGCGGACAGCUUCCCUAUCAAGGACACGGUUUAUGAAUAUUUUGUGGACCCCAAGAACAAAACCUGGGCUUCCUUUGAAGAGAAGCUGCCGAAGGGCUGGCGCUACAAUGCCAGUUCUCCAUUCUAUAAGAUCAUGGUUCCGACUGUGGACACUCUGCGCUACAAUUUCCUGGUUAAGGCUCUGGUUAAGGCUCAGUACCCAGUGCUACUCACUGGGCCAGUGGGCACAGGUAAAACGUCGGUGGCCCAGAGCAUCUUGGAGGGCUUGGAUAACAAGUGGUCUGCCCUCACCAUCAACAUGUCCUCACAGACCAGCGCUGAUGACAUCCAGGCCAUAGUGGAGAGCAGAAUAGAGAAGAGAACCAAAGGCGUGUUUGUGCCAGCAGGUGGGAAGCGCCUGCUUUGUUUCCUGGAUGACCUCAACAUGCCAGCCCAUGACCUUUUCGGCUCCCAGCCACCACUGGAGCUUCUGCGCCUCUGGAUCGACUACGGCUUUUGGUAUGACCGCCAGAAAAAGUGCAAAAAGUUUGUCAAGGACAUGGUGUUGCUGGCGUCCAUGGGGCCCCCUGGUGGAGGGAGGACUCACAUCUCUGACCGCUUACAGAGUAGAUUUAACCUCAUCAACAUGACCUUUCCGAAUGAGUCGCAGAUCAGGCGGAUCUACAGCACCAUGAUCAACCAAAAACUCCAGGGGUUUAAGGAGGAGGUGAAGCCCAUCGGAGAGACUCUGACUCAGGCCACCAUUGAGCUUUAUCAUGCUGUUUCAGAGCAAUUCCUUCCCACUCCUGCCAAGAUCCACUACCUCUUCAACCUCAGGGAUAUAUCCAAGGUGUUUCAGGGUCUGCUGAGAGCUCACCCGGACUUCCAUGAUACCAAAACCAACAUCACCAGACUUUGGAUCCACGAGUGCUACAGGGUUUUCUCAGACCGGCUGGUAGAUCACAGUGACAUGGCGGCUUUUGUUGCUUUGAUCGGAGAGAAACUGGGUUCGAACUUUGACCUCACCUUCCACAGCCUGUGCCCCAGCAAACAACCACCAAUAUUCGGUGACUUCCUGACUGAGUCUCACGUGUAUGAGGACCUGCUGGACAUGAAGGGUCUCAAGAAGUUCAUGGAAAUCAAGCUGGAAGACUACAACCUGACGCCUGGCAUAGUGCCCAUGAGCUUGGUGCUUUUCCGAGACGCCAUUGAACACAUAACCCGUAUAGUACGUGUGAUCAGUCAGCUCAGGGGCAACAUGCUGCUGGUCGGAGUUGGGGGCUCCGGUCGGCAGAGCCUGGCAAAGAUGGCUGCAUCAAUCUGUGAGUACCAGGUGUUCAUGGUGGAAGUCACCAAGCAGUACCGCAGACAGGAAUUCAGAGAAGACAUCAAGAAGCUGUAUCGUCUGACUGGUGUGGACAACAAACCCACUGUCUUCCUGUUCAAUGACACCCAGCUCGUAGAUGAAUCAUUCCUGGAAGACAUCAACAACAUCCUGAGCUCGGGAGAGGUGCCUAACCUCUACAAGCAGGAUGAGUUUGCUGAGGUGUGCUCUGCUCUGUCAGAGUCUGCCAGGAAAGACAAGGUGGUGGAGACUCCCAACUCUUUGUUCCGCUACCUGAUAGAGCGGGUCAGGAACAACCUUCACAUCGUGCUCUGCAUGAGUCCAGUGGGAGAGCCCUUCAGGAACCACAUUCUCCAGUACCCAGCGCUCGUCAACUGCACCACCAUCGACUGGUUCUUUGACUGGCCCAAAGACGCUCUGCUGGAGGUAGCUCAGAGGGACUUAGACGGACUGGACCUCGGAGCCAUGGAGGGGAUCCGCAAAAAGGUUGCCGGUAUCUUCGUGACCACACACCAGUCGGUGGCACAGGUCUCCCAAAAGAUGAAGCUGGAGCUGAAACGACACAACUACGUGACACCCACCAACUACCUGGAGCUGGUGUCUGGAUACAAGACGCUGUUGGCAGAGAAACGCAGCGAGCUGGGGGAGCAGGUGAACAAGCUGCGUAAUGGCCUCUUCAAGAUCAGUGACACCCGGGAGAAGGUGGAGGCCAUGUCGGUGGAGCUGGAGAAGGCCAAGAAGCAGGUGGCCGAGUUCCAGACGGAGUGUGACACUUACCUGUCCGUCAUCGUGCAGAAGAAGAAAGAGGCUGACAAGCAGCAGAUGGCGGUGAGCGCCAACAGUCAGAAAAUUGCAGCUGAGGAGAUCCAGUGUAAAGCGAUGGCUGCGAAUGCACAGAGAGACCUGGACGAGGCCCUGCCAGCGCUGGAAGAAGCUAUGAAGGCUCUGGGGUCCCUGAAUAAAAAGGACAUGACAGAGAUCAAGUCAUAUGGCUGCCCCCCAACGUUGGUGGAGACGGUGAUGCAGGCCGUCAUGAUUCUCCUGGGAAAGGAGCCCACCUGGGCCGAGGCCAAGAGACAGCUGGGCGAGGGCAACUUCAUCAAAACAUUGGUUAACUUCGACAAGGACAACAUAUCGGAGCGUGUGCUGAAGAAGACGGGUCAAUACUGCAAUCAGCCCGACUUCAAGGCAGAGAUCAUUGGCAAAGUGUCACUAGCUGCCAAGUCCCUCUGCAUGUGGGUGAGAGCCAUGCAGAUGUAUGGGCGUAUCUCCAGGGUGGUGGAGCCGAAGCGCGCCCUGCUGAGAACUGCCACGGCGCAGCUUGCAGAGAAAGAGGCUGCGCUGGCAGAGGCCCAGAGCAAACUACGAGAGGUGGCGGAGAAGCUAGACGAGCUGAAGAGGGAGCACGGUGAGAAGCUGGCCAUGAAGGAGAGUCUGAGGAAGAAAUCAAAUGACAUGGAGGUGAAACUGGACCGGGCCGAUAAACUGGUGACUGGACUUGCUGGAGAGAGGGUCCGCUGGGAGGAGAGAGUCGCUGGUCUUGAAGAGAACAUGGGAUAUCUUGUAGGAGACUGUUUGCUCGCAGCGUCCUUCCUGUCCUACAUGGGACCCUUUCUUUCCAACUACAGAGAUGAGCUGCUUGCCAUCUGGAUGAAGGAGGUAAAGGAGGCGGAGAUCCCGUGCUCACCGGGGUUCAGUUUUGCAGUUUUUAUGUCCAAACCUACAGCAGUGAGGGACUGGAACAUUCAGGGCCUGCCCUCCGAUGCAUUCUCUACUGAGAAUGGAGUUAUGGUGACCCGUGGAAACCGAUGGCCACUGAUGGUGGACCCUCAAGGCCAAGCUCUGAAGUGGAUCAAGAAUAUGGAGAUGCAAAGAGGUCUGAGAGUAAUAGACUUUCAAAUGCCAGACUACCUGCGUGUGCUGGAGAGUGCCAUCCAGCUGGGACACCCUGUUCUGCUGCAGAAUGUGCAGGAGGACUUGGACCCAUCUCUCAACCCAGUUCUCAACAGGUCCCUGACACAGAUAGGCGGUAGGCUGCUGCUGAAGCUGGGUGAUAAGGAGGUGGAGUACAGUCCAGAGUUUAAUUUAUACAUCACCACCAAGCUGUCCAACCCCCAUUACACCCCCGAGAUUUCUACAAAGACCACCAUAGUCAACUUUGCUGUCAAGGAGCAGGGACUGGAAGCCCAACUCCUGGGGAUUGUGGUGCGUAAGGAGCGUCCAGACCUCGAAGAACAAAAGGACACUUUGGUGAUCAGCAUCGCCUCCGGCAAGAGAAAACUGCAGGAGCUGGAGGAUGAGAUCCUCAGGCUGCUGAAUGAGGCGACUGGCUCCCUGCUGGAUGACGUGCAGCUGGUGAACACCCUGCAGUCAUCCAAAAUCACCGCCACUGAGGUUUCUGAGCAGCUGGAGAGCAGUGAACAGACUGAAAUCAAGAUCGACUCUGCUCGAGAGGCCUACCGCCCAUGUGCCCAGCGAGCCUCCACCCUCUUCUUCAUCCUAAAUGACAUGGGCCGUAUUGACCCCAUGUACCAGUUCUCGCUGGAUGCCUACAAUAACCUGUUCAACCUCAGCAUAGAAAAGAGCAAGCGCAGCCACAAGCUGGAGGAAAGGAUCGCCCACCUCAAUGACUACCACACAUAUGCAGUGUACAGAUACGCAUGCCGUGGCCUGUUUGAGGUCCAUAAGCUUCUCUUCAGCUUUCAGAUGUGUUCCAAAAUCCUGGAGGUGGCAGGCAAACUCAACAUGGAUGAGUACAGCUUCUUCCUCCGCGGAGGACUCGUGUUUGAUAAGGAGGACCAGAUGGACAACCCCUGUUCCAGUUGGCUGUCAGACUCUAGCUGGGACAACAUCACAGAGCUGGAUAAGCUGCCCAGCUUCAACGGCAUCAUGGGCUCCUUUGAACAGUACCCCCGAGACUGGAACAUUUGGUUCACCAGUGCAGAGCCAGAAAAUGCCACAUUACCUGGUGAUUGGGAGAACAGCUGUAAUGAUCUCCAGAAGAUGCUGAUAGUGCGCUCUCUGCGUCAGGACCGCGUCUACCUUUGUGUCACCUCCUUCAUUGUUAACAGCCUUGGCCCUCGCUUUGUGGAGCCGCCCGUUCUCGACCUGAAGGCUGUUGUGGAGGAAUCCACCUGCAGAACUCCUCUCAUCUUUGUCCUGUCUCCCGGGGUCGACCCCACGGGAGCUCUGCUGAAUUUGGCUGAGGCCUCUGGCAUGAGCAAGGACUUCCAUGCUCUUUCUCUGGGCCAGGGACAGGCCCCCAUCGCCAAGAGGAUGAUUGAAGAGGGCGUCAUACAGGGUCACUGGGUGUACCUCGCCAACUGCCACCUCUCUCUGUCAUGGAUGCCCGAACUGGACAAGCUGGUGGAGCAGCUACAAGUGGAGGAGCCCCACUCAAACUUCAGACUCUGGCUCAGCUCUUCACCACACCCCGAGUUCCCCAUCACCAUCCUGCAGGCUGGCAUCAAGAUGACCACGGAACCACCAAAGGGUGUGAAAGCCAACAUGAAGCGGCUGUACCAGCUGGUGACGGACACUCAGUUCAACCGCUGCUCCAGACCCGUCCUCUACCGGAAGCUCCUGUUCUCCCUCUGCUUUUUUCAUAGCAUCCUGCUGGAAAGGAAGAAGUUCCUGCAGCUGGGCUGGAAUAUUGUUUAUGGCUUCAAUGACUCUGACUUCGAGGUGAGUGAGAAUCUGCUGAGUCUGUACCUGGACGAGUACAAGGAGAUUCCCUGGGAUGCUCUGAAGUAUCUCAUUGCUGGGGUCAACUAUGGAGGUCAUGUCACUGAUGACUGGGACAGACGUCUUCUAACCACAUACAUCAAUGACUACUUCUGUGAUGCUGCCAUCACCCAGCCCUUCUUCAAGUUUUCCUCCUUGACCCCCUACUACAUCCCUCGUGAUGGACCCCAGUCCUCAUACGAGAAAUUUAUCAGUCUGCUUCCAUCCACUGAGCACCCCGAGGUGUUUGGCCAGCACCCCAAUGCCGACAUUGCCAGUCAGAUCGCUGAGACCAGAACGCUGUUUGACACCCUGCUCUCCCUGCAGCCCCAGGUCACCAGCCCCUCUGCUGCGGGGGGUGGACCGAGUCGAGAAGAUAAGGUAUUAGAGCUGUUGGCUGACGUCCGUGGGAAGAUUCCAGCAUUGAUUAACUACGAGAGCAUAACGUCCCUCCUCCAGGACAACUCUUUACCUCUCAAUGUGGUGCUGCUCCAAGAGAUCCAGAGAUACAACUUGCUGCUGGCCACCAUCAUGUCGUCCCUGCUGGAGCUGGAGAAAGCGAUCAAAGGCUUAGUGGUGAUGUCACCCAGCUUGGAGGAGACCUUCAACUGCAUCUAUGACGCUCGUGUGCCACCGCUGUGGGAGAAGACAUACCCCUCACUGAAGCCUCUGGCAGCGUGGACCAGGGAUCUUUGCCAGCGAGUCAAUCAGUUUGCACGCUGGGCAGAGAUGGCCCAGCCCCCCAAGUUGUUCUGGCUCUCCGGCUUCACCUCUCCAAAUGGCUUCCUCACCGGCGUGCUGCAGUCUUACGCUCGACAGCAUAACAUAUCAGUGGACACAUUGUCCUGGGAGUUUAUAGUGUCCACUGUAGAUGACAGCAACCUCCUGUACCCGCCCAAGGAUGGGGUCUUUGUGCGAGGUUUGUUCCUGGAGGGGGCUGGUUGGGACAAGAGGAACUCCUGCCUGUUGGAAGCUGAGCCCAUGCAGAUGUCCUGUCCCAUCCCCACCAUCCACUUCAAACCUGUGGAGAACCGCACAAAGAUGGGCAAAGCUAUGUACCUGUGUCCCGUUUACUAUUUCCCAGUGCGUUCGGGCCGGGCCGGUCGAGCAUCUUUUGUAGUCGGAGUAAAGCUCAAAUCCGGAGCUGCGACCCCGGACCACUGGAUCAAGAGAGGGACGGCUCUUCUCAUGAGCCUGGACAUCUAAAGGCCUUCACACACACUUCUCAUUCUCAUCAUUCUCAUCCCUCGUGCAUCUCCCAUCUGCUGUUCUCUCCAGUGGGCUCUCUUCUUCCUCUCUCUAUCUCUUCGUGCCACAUCUGGUCC